GUGUGCAGGAGGCAAGCCGUGAGUAGCAAAGGAACUCGAGGCUUCUCUCGAUGUGUUUUGCGCUUCGUUUUUCCUGUUCGGCGAAUAUGCCGGUGCUAAUCGAAAUAGGUUGUUUUCUGUGAAGUUGUUUCAUAAGUAGACUUCUGUUUCGCGUCCAGUAACCCAAAAUGAUCGCGUGUCUGUAGCCUGGCAAGGGAGUUUUUUUCUCCCUCUCUCUGUCGUGUUUGUAUGAGUGCAUAUGUGUGCGUGUGUUUGUACGGUGAGGAUUCGUAAGAAAACUUUGGAAUACGUUUGCUCUGAGUGUCCAAAAGCUCGGUCGCUGGACAUUGGAUUGUAGCGGUAUAGCCGUGGAUAGAUUCGUUGGAGCAAAUCUACAGGCCAUGGAACCCAAGACGUCUGAAGCUGAGGUAAAAUGAGAGCAACGACAGGGAGGGAAAAAAGAAAAAAAAAACAAUAGAAGAGAGCGCGUAGACUGCCACCUUAUGAACAUUACAAAUAUGCGAGCAAGUGUGCCCAUGCGCCUCGGUUAGGUGUUCAUAAAAAGCAGAGAUUCACAUUGUUUCCUUCCUUAGCUCUUCCUUUCGUCGUUGCCUCCGUCAUUCUGCCUUUCUUUCACUUUUGCUUGCCCUCGAACCUUUUAAAAUGUUCCCCCCUCUCUCUGAUUCGUCAGACGCAAGAGAAUGUCCCUCUUUUUGUCUCCCUCUCCCUCUCUCUCCCCCUCACUCCCUCUCUUUCUCUCCCCAUCUCUGAUUAGAUAUACUGAUUCCUCAUUCAAUGGACGUCAUUUAGUGCAGACUCUGCCUUGAGUUGCUUCCUCGCUUCACGCUCGAUUUCCGACCAUUCUUCCCUUAUUAAGUAUUCGUGUAAUAUUAAUAGUCAUGAAUAUCUGCUAUUAGGAGUCCAAGGGAAGAGGCAGCUCUUUGCUAAUAUGAGCUCAAGCGAGGGAACAGCUCAGUGACAGAGCAAGAAGACAGAAAAGGGAUAUAAGAAACUUUAACAAUAACCCGCAAGAGAACAACGCUGCAUUUUCACAGCAAAUGAAGGACAGCAGGAAUUUUACCCACUUCUGAUGGAUUAUCGUCCGUUUGCUGUGCAUAUCUGAACGAUUGGGCAUCGCCACCUCGUUUAAGAAUCCGCAUUGGGUUUAUUUUCUUUGGUCGUUCAUUUCGUUGUUUUGUCAGCGGUUUCUAUCUCAAAUUCUUUCGUUUUGAACUGCUCGGAAAGCUUCGCAGAUGUUAGUGCACAGUUUUUCCGCGAUGGAUCGUCACGACGGUACCAGCAAUGGGACAGCCAGGCUACCUCAGCUGGGGAGCGUGGGCCAGUCUCCUUACACCAGCGCCCCACCGCUUUCCCACACCCCGAACUCCGACUUCCAGCCGCCGUACUUUCCUCCGCCCUACCAGCCCAUCUACCCGCAGUCUCAGGACCCUUACUCGCACGUCAACGACCCAUACUCCCUCAACUCGCUGCACGCUCAGCCGCAGCCGCAGCACCCAGGCUGGCCAGGCCAGAGGCAGAGCCAGGAGACCAGCUUGCUGCACCAGCACCGCCUGCCACAUCAGCUGUGCAGGGAGUACCGGAGGGAAGUGCUUCUUCCUUCGGGACACGGAAUAGAAACAGGAAUCUCUGAUUCUAUCCCCAUCCAUGGAAUACCUCAUUCUUUAGAAGAUGUUCAGUCUCUGGCCUUGUACUCAGCGGCUUGCUUUCAAAUGCACGUCGAAGAUCAAGGCAUCCACAUCCCAGAUCAGACUGUAAUUAAGAAAGGGCCUGUUUCUUUAUCUAAGAACAACAACGUCUCGGCCAUCCCUCUUAAUAAGGAUGGUCUAUUUGGUGGAGUGGUGAAUGGAAACGAAGUGUUCUGUUCGGUUCCGGGUCGCCUGUCUCUUCUUAGUUCAACAUCAAAGUACAAGGUCACGGUGGCGGAAGUGCAGAGACGCCUCUCGCCGCCUGAAUGCCUAAACGCCUCUCUACUCGGCGGGGUGUUGAGAAGGGCCAAAUCCAAGAACGGAGGAAGAUCCUUACGAGAGAAAUUGGAUAAAAUCGGAUUAAAUCUACCUGCAGGUAGACGCAAGGCUGCCAACGUAACCCUGCUGACGUCACUCGUGGAAGGCGAAGCCGUGCAUCUUGCCAGGGAUUUCGGUUAUGUAUGCGAGACUGAGUUCCCCGCCAAGGCAAUAGCUGAAUAUGUAAACCGUCAGCAUUCCGACCCAAAUGAGCAAGUCCAAAGAAAAAACAUGCUUUUGGCUUCAAAACAAAUCUGCAAAGAGUUCACAGACCUGCUUUCCCAGGACCGCUCGCCCUUGGGGAAUUCUCGCCCACAGCCCAUUCUUGAGCCAGGGAUUCAGAGUUGUUUGACCCAUUUCAGUCUCAUUUCGCACGGAUUCGGGACCCCGGCCAUGUGCGCAGCUCUCACCGCGCUGCAGAACUAUCUAACCGAGGCAAUAAAAGCCAUGGACAAAAUGUACCUCAACAACAAUCCCAACAGCCACUCUGACAGCGGCUCUAAAGGCGGAGACAAAGAUGAGAAACACAGAAAGUGAUUCCCCCAUUCUUUCAAAUCCCUAUAAAUAUUAUAAAUACAUAUUAAAAUACAAAUACUAUUGAUCAAGACGUCAACGUUACGUGCCACUUCCAGACCUUACACCUUACAACUCGUUUGUUUUGACCGUCAUUAUACCCUGGAUUCACGGGAGAUGACUUCCCAACAAGAAGAGGAUAGACACAUGCGAAACUCACGAAAAUGCACCGAGGAACAGCUACAGAGUGCUGUGUGUGCGUGAGUGUGUACGGAGAAGAGAAAAGGAGAGCGAGAGUGAAAAAAACGGUCUACCACAUGAUAACUUUAAAUACACUCCCUUUUUUUCAUGAGCUACAUUGGACUGAUAUCCAGCGAGCCCUCAAUAUCUUCAUUUACGAUUGUAGCCACAUGACAAAAAAGUGGGAAAAGGAUGAUUUCUUUUUUUAUCAGUAUUGUGAAUAAUAAACUUGAAAAAAUGAUCCACGGUUCCAUACAAUGUCUUCAGCUUAAAAAAAAGACUUUCACUCUGAGCGACCAACUUGAACUUUUGAAUUUCAACACGAUUCGCGGUUGUAUGAGGGAAUCUGUGUUCAUGUAUGUAUAUAUUUAUUUAUGUGUAAUUUAAUGGGAAUUGUAAAUAUGGUGAGUCUGUUGAAACUUCUUUUUUUAUUUAUCUGGUGCCUCCUGUUUUAGUGGGUUUAAAUAUUCGGUUAGUUCUUCAUGUGGUUUUAUGGUUCUUAGAAAAAGAGAAGUUUGGGGUAUUUUUUCCUCUGGGAUAUUUCAGUUCAGCCCUCUUGUAGCAUGUUGAGGCGACAUUGAAGCAAGUGAACAAAUUGAAUUGAAAUAAAAGAUUCCAUCUCAAUAUCAUCCUUACGCCAUUCAGUUUUAUAAAAAAAAAAUACAUAAGAGCCCUGAUGAGAAUUGUUUGUGUUUCUAUUUUCUUGUUUUUAUACAAGCUUUCAUGUGUUGUGCCAAUCAGAAUACGUUUCACCUCUUGUUCUUCCCUUCAAGCACCAUAAGAGCAAUAAAUGGAUAUUGUCUUUUGAAUUUUUUUAAUUGUUCGGAGAAAUUCAAAACAUUUGGGACCAUCUGAUAUCUUGUAUGUCCAAUGUCCAAAUUGGAGGCGGUUUUAGCUGUAUUGUAUAGACCUGUGCUGGCAAUAGUUCCCAUGCCUGUCAAUGUAUUAUAGUCCUUUGUUGCCCAGAAAAAAAAUAAAUAUUUGAUACGCUUCA